AUGAUGGUCGCAUUUAAACCUGCUGGUCGCAUUUACCAAGACAGUGUAAUGGUUGAAGAUAAAAUAUACUUCUUAGGUGGUUUAAAUGGUGCAAACAUUGGCACUAGUGAUUUAUUCUAUUUAGAUAUUUCUUCACCAUUUAGUUCUGUAAAUCUUAAAUGGACUGAUCUUACCAGUGUUGCGCCUAUUCCUGUUAAGAGCGCAUUCGCACCUGCUUGUAUUGGUGGCAAUAAAAAUUCUACCAUUUAUUUAUUCGAACAUCAUAUGACAGAUAACGUUAAUUCAACUACUUUAGUUACAUUUGCCUUUGAUAUAACAACUCAAAAAUGGUAUGUACAAUCAACAUCAGGAAUUACGCCACCGCCCAGACAGAAUUUGAAAGUGGUUGUUGAUAUGAAUGGUAAAAUAUAUAUUAGUGGUGGAUUUGAACCAUAUAUAACCCUAAAAUCGAGUAAUAGUACCUACAUAUUUAAUUCUUUGAGCAAUUCUUGGCUUAAAGGCUCUGUUGCCCCACUAAUUCGAUCCGCCAAUACUGCCACACUUUUACCAAGUGGACAUAUCGUAUAUAUAGGGGGAACACAUGACUUUCCAAAUGGAACAACUCUGAUUUUAGAUUAUAGACUGGCAGAGAUUGAUAUGAAUCAAACAGCAACUGGCGCAACGAUCGGAACGCGUCUAUCUCACUCUGCUGUCCUGAGCAAUGAUGGCUUUACAAUUAUUAUUUAUGGUGGUGGCUCCGAAAAUUUUACUGCGACUCCAGAACCUUCUUUAGCUGCAUUAGAUACGAGGGUUACACCUUACAGGUGGUCUAAAAUAUCAUCUACUGGCACAUUUUCACCACCACCUCUUGCCUACCAUUCAGCUCAGAUAGUUAAAAACUUUAUGAUCGUGGCAUUUGGUGCCCUCUUUACGACUAAUGGUUUUAAUUUGACAACUGGUUCUAAUGACAAUGUUUACAUAUUAGACACUUCAAAUCAUACAUGGAUUACAUCGUUUGAUUUAACAAACCAUAAUUCUUCAAACCCAUCAAGUAAAUUACAUGAACCACAAUUUAACAUUCCCUUAAUCGCAAGCCUUAGUAGUGGCUUAUUUGGUUUAAUUAUUUUCGCAAGUAUCUUAGCCUAUAUUUUUUAUAGAAAACACUAUAAUUAUAUUGCUACUCCGGGUACAAAUACAGGUGAUCUUAAUUAUAUUCCUACUCCAGGCUCAGACACAGGAGAUCGUAAUUAUAUUGCUACUCCUGGUACAGAUACAGGAGAUCGUAAUUAUAUUGCUACUUCAGGUACAAAUGAUCGUGAUCAUGAAUUUGAUGGGACAUUGGUUCCUGGGGUUAUCACGGAGAUGAUGGCAGAAUCUAUUGCGGCUCGGGAUGGGGCCAUUUUUAUGGACC